AAAGCGGGGGGUUUUAGACUCGUUUCACAUUAUGCCUGAUCCAAGGGGAACACAGUUAAAAGUUUCAUGUUUAUGGUAUUCAACCUUCACACGUUUCAUUUUUUUGUCGUAUAGAAUGUAAACCCAGAGACCAUUUAUGACAUUCUUGAACGGAUCGGAAGAGGCUCUUUCGGGGAAGUUUAUAAGGGUGUGGAUAGAAGGACAAGAGAAGUUGUAGCUAUCAAGCUUAUUGAUCUGGAAGCAGCUGAGGAUGAGAUUGAGGAUAUUCAGCAGGAGAUCAAAGUUUUGUCUCAGUGCAACAGCCCGUAUAUCACAAAGUAUCAUGGUUCUUACUUGAAAGACACUACACUAUGGAUCGUCAUGGAAUACUUAGGUGGUGGAUCGGCACUUGAUUUAAUGAAACCGGGACCUAUACCAGAAGUUCAUAUAUCCACUAUUUUGAGAGAGAUAUUAAAGGGACUAGAUUACCUACAUAGUCAAAGUAAAAUUCAUAGAGAUAUUAAAGCUGCUAAUGUCCUGCUUUCCUACAGUGGUGAUGUAAAAUUGGCUGACUUUGGCGUCGCUGGUCAGUUGAGUUCAACUAUAACUAAGCGUGGAACCUUUGUGGGGACCCCAUUCUGGAUGGCUCCAGAAUUAAUUCAGCGAUAUGCGUAUGAUUUUAAGGUAGAUAUAUGGUCUACAGGAAUUACAGCCAUUGAAUUAGCUAAAGGCGAACCACCUAAUGCUGACCUACAUCCAAUACGUGUUCUCAUGCUUAUCCCAAAGAACCCUUCUCCUCAGUUGACUGGCGAUUUUAGUAAGGUAUUCAAAGAUUUUGUAGAUUGCUGCUUGACUAAAGUUCCAGAAAAUAGACCAACUGCACAUGAAUUGCUACGUCACAGUUUUAUUAAAAAGGCUCGUAAAACAGCUUUUCUGCAAGAGCUAAUUGAGCGCUAUCGAAAAUGGCGUGAUGAAGGUGGAGAUGAUGAUGCAGAUGGUGAAUCUGACGACGAUGGACUUGUUCCAGACGAGGAAGAUCUUGUAAAUGCUCAUCCGAAUACUCCUGGAGCUCCUGUUGGUGCUGAAAAACCCGGUCAAAAGAAGAAACAUUUUGAUGGUAUGAGACCAGGAAAAGCGUCUGAUACAUUCAAGUGGAAUUUUGAAACAGUUCGUGCUAUGCCAUCACAGUCUGCACAGGUUUCUCAUAAUCCAGGUUCAGCUUACUCUUCUCCCGAUGUUUCUACUACCCAUCAUUCUUCUUCAUCGUCACCAUCCAGUUCAGAUGCCCAGUCUGUUAUCAAGCGAACAUCUGGUGGUCCUGCACUUGAAGCCGAACGACGUCUCUCUGAUGGAUAUGAAUCACGUGCUGCGAACCCUGCAAUUGGAGGACCUCUUCAUUCGGGGUUUCAACCUUCACAAAUUGGUUUAUGUACAGCAGAUGAAAAUUCUCGUGUCCAAAUGUCACGUUCAGCAAUGAAUUCAAAUCAGAAUACCGCUAGUCCUAAUGCAUCUUCCGGCCCUACUAAUAUUCCGAUUAUCCGGCCACAAAAUGUUCAACCUGUUACUAGAAUUAUGGCUAGCGAUAUUCCUCAGUCACGCCAAGUUUAUGUUGGUGAUCCUGGACACUCGAAAUUAGUCAACUCAAAGAAUAUUUCUACAUCAGCUAAUAACAAACCUCAACAUAGUCAAUCACCACCAUUGGUUGUAAAUCUGAAUAAACCAUCUUGUUUCCAUCAGCACGUUUUACCUUUGCUUCAGGAUCUCCAAGAUGUUUACAGUCAAGUCACUAGUGGUGCUUCGGAUUCGAUCUCCAAUUUAGCGGCUACGUUUCAGGCAGUCGAUGCUUCGUCACCUCAGUAUACAACCGAAUUUUUAGCGGAGUUAUUAACCCGUGUAUUGGAUAGCAAUCCACGAUUAUCUACCAAUGUUAGGCGUCGUGUACUAGAUCGCUUACGCAUGAAUUCAUCCGACUCUUAAUGUAAAUUAUUUUCUAAUAGCAGUGGUAUGUUUUGUUGUACCUACGUUUUUCGAUCCCGUACUAUUGAUACCUGUGUUUUUGAUGUAUAACUCCGAAAAUAUUUUCUUUGAAAUCAUGUUCAUUCUCGGGAUCAUACGUAAGCAUUAAAAGAAGCAAUGUCUUUUCGUCAUUUCUACCUGCACUUCAACAUAUAGCAGUUUGGAUACAAUCAAAAUGAGUUAUACUAUCGAAAGACGUAUUUUCAAAAAUAUGAUGGUGCUAACUCGAAACGUUCUCAUUUGCGACAUCUGAGUAUAAAUGUGUUUCCUUCACAUCAUUACUCUGAAAUAUAUACCUUUCGUUUAUUUUUGAAAUCCUCUGUUAUUUGACUAUCGAAAUAUUACUUUACUUUACUCCUCUGUCUUGUUGUUAUUCUAUUUUCUGUGGUUUGUUAUGUAUGUAGUACUAAUAGUUGUUUCUGUCAUAUCUCGAAAGAUGAUCGAAAUCUGAAAUGUAGUUGCUGAUUUUCGAAAGUUUUAGGCAACUAACAGUAAUUUAAUCUACUGUUUACGAUAAUUGGUUGUGUGAAUAGAGAAAAUCAAUCAGUUAGGCUGUAAACAUUACGUCAAAGAGUGAUAAACAACAGUAAUUAUUGUGUGUUAAAGCGUUUUUAGUAGUUUUAGAUGCUUGUACUAGUCAACCCCGUAGUGAAACCAGUUAUAGGACCUAGCGGAUUCGUAUGAUUUUAAAUUUAUUUAAUUUUUCUUAUAUAAUAAUUUGGCUAAAUCCCUUUGUUUGCCUUGUAUGUGUUUUCUAUUUUUCCAGCAAUCCCAUUCCUAUCGUGGAUAGUUUUAUAUGUUCAUCAGUUUAUUAUAUAUAUUUAAAUUAUCGUUAGCGUAAAAUUGAUACACAAUCAUAUUCGCUUUAGUACAUAUGUUCUGUCUUCUUUUUUAUGACUUCUCAUCAUUUUGUUCUUGUAAUAUGAUUUAUUGCAAGGAAUAUAUUGUAUGAAAAUAUAUUUUCUUAACUCAGUGUAUGUCAGCAAUAUAUGCUGUGUAAUUUUAAUUUAACAAACUCUAUGUGCUCAACUUUGUUUUCUCACAUUCCUUAACACCUAUUAGUUAGACUUUGUCACCUUUUUAUUAGGGGAAUAAUAUUCUAUUCUCAUGUUUUUCUAAUAUACACAUGCUAGUUCAUGUAGUUCGUUACAAAAAAGAUAGUUUUAUUGCAUAUUUUGUCAUUCAGUAACGUAAAGCAAUAAGAGCUACUAUUCUAUAAAUUACAUACUUCUCAUGACCUCGUUAUUCAAUACACAAUGUGGUUUAUUACAAUCAUUGUGUUGUUGAAGUUCGCAAGUUUUAGGUGUGUUGUCCUUGUUUUUUUUAAAACUAUUAAAUAAUUAAUCAUGUCGAUCUUAUCAUUUUCGUUAGCUAUCAGACAAGUUUAGUAUCAUCUCCUUGAGGAUGAUUCUAGGUUGUAAAGAAAAAAAAAAUUUAAGUGUUAAUCAGCGUUUUGAUGUCACCGUUAGUUUUCUUUCUUUCCCCAAGGUUGUUUUCGGGCAUGAAUUUUUGUUGUUGCUCUCUGUUACGUACUAUUUUCUUAUCUUUUAUUAUAAACCUAACCAAUCAAAUCACGAAAAAAAACUCAAGUAUGUAUGUAAACUGUUAUCUUGAAUGGUUUCGUUUAAUGUAAAAUUUUCGCUAAUAGUACACUGGAUAUUGUCUUACAGGGCAUUUUUCUCGUUUUAUGAAUGAUAAUUUUCACCUAUGAAACAAUUAUUAUUUCUACUACUGUUAUUAGUAAUAAUAAUGCUGCAGAGUCUUUCAAUCAUUUUUCUGUUCUAAUCUUAUAUUUUAUUUCUCUUAUGGUUGGUAUUUAAAUACAGUAUAUGUUCGUAUCUCUAUGUGUCUGUAACUGCUGGUAGCCAGCAAACAUGUUUCACUGAUUAUGAAAAAAUAUAAAAGUUUUGAUUAAUAACGU